GCUUCCGCGCUUGACGCCAUUAUCCUGCGACGCUACGACUCAUAAACGAAAACAAACGCGAAAGAUUCGCAGUAAUCUCCAGCAAAAAUGCCCGUGUGUAACUUUUUUCUCCAGGGGCGUUGUCGUUACGGCGAUAAAUGUUGGAAUGAACACCCGAGAGGAGGAGGAGGAAGUGGAGGUUACAACAACAGCUACAACCGCUCCUCGGCUCCACAGCAGUCCAGAGGAGGCGGUGGAGGGUUUGGAAACAAGGUUUGGGUGAAUCCCUCUCAGCAAAAAGGAGGCUUCGGCCAGCAAGCGUCUUCCAGUGGGAGUGAUCAGUGGGGUGGGAGAGGACGCGACGUGAAGAGCUCCGACUUUAGCUUCGCUUCUCAAAACAGAUUUUCGACACUCAACAACCACGACAACUAUGAAAGGGGAGGAAGAGGAGGAGGAGGAGGAGGAGGAGGACCAGCACCAGGUGAAGAGGAUGAUGAACAAAAACUGGAGAUCAUUCAAAGUGACAUGAAGGUUUGGGAGAGCUCAGGCCAGUGGGGCUUCUCGUGUUAUAGUGGCUUCAAGGCACCAUUAUCUGGUUUUACUGACCUAUCGCCAGAAGAGCUGAGGCUUGAAUAUUACUCCUCCAAAGCAUCUGGAGACCUGCAGAGCUACCUCAAUGGUGUCAAUCAGUUGCUCACUCAGUGGAGAAGCAGAGUCCAGGAGCUGAAGAUCAUGAAUCAAUCGACUCGUGCAGCUUUGCUAGCAGAACUAAGAAAUCCAGCACCUCAGAGAACGUCAAGUGGCUUUGGCUCAACACCAAUUGGAUUUGGAUCCUCUUCCUUGGAUUUUGGUAGUAAAGGGUUUGGAGCACAGCCACCCGCUCAAGCAAAUAACUUCAGUUUUGCCUCCCCAGCGGGUGGGUUUGGUUCCUCAGCAGCCCCAGCAUCCUUUCCAAGUUUCGGCACUGCCAUCCCAGCCCCGACACAACCUCCCUCUGGGUUCGGCUCCUCCUCCUCCUCAUCUGUGGCUUCUGCCGCCCCUUCAGCGUCUUCGUUCUCCUUCGCUUGCCCGUCCAGUGGCAAACCCGCCUCUUUGUCUUCAGGAUUUGGCUCAGCUGCCAGUUUCAGCUUCUCCUCCACCACCACCACCAACAAAGCGGCAUUCGGAAGCAGUUUUGGGUCCGAGGCAAGCGCAGGAAGUUUAUUUGGACAGGCGCAUGCCGCCGCACCUGCAGCAGCUGCCUCUGACGGUCUGUUCUCCCCCGAGAGCGAACUGACCCAGGAUGAGCUCGGGCAGUUCAAAGCACAGAGGUUCACUUUGGGCCAGGUUCCUCUGAAGCCGCCUCCUGCUGCGAUGCUUCUGGUUUGAUGCUCAAAUGUAUUAUUCAUAUCCAAAGUACUGUGGCUUUAAGAUACAGCUAUUUCAACACUUGAAAUCCAUUUUGAAGGUGACUCUGAGUUUCUAGACAUUUUAAAGCACAUUUUAAAAAGUACAUUACUAUUUUUGAACAAUUGAAUGAUUCUGCUCGUGUUGAGUUAUAAAUAUGAAGUGGGCCUACAUUUUGCGGUAAAAACUUGUGUCAGCGUUGUUUAAACACAGGUCUAUUGCCUGUGAACGGAAUGUGCUGAAUACUGAAAUGAUUCAUACUCUGGACAAA